CCUCUUUUCCGUCCCUUGACUCGAUUACGUUACGACCCCAGCCGCAGGCUCUGUUUUGGUGUUUGGGGAGCACUCCAUUCUCUUUUCUCGUCGCCACACCUGGGCUCUAGCACCGAUCGCACCCGGUCUCAACGCUAGGCAAUAGACAUGGCGUCUGAGCUCCGCAAAGACCCUGUCCCAGAAGGUGAUGUUCAUAAGGAAUCGACGGAUCCUCAAGCCGCCGAAGACUCCCAAGCUUCCGAUAACGAAGGCGGCGAGCGUCCCGUGCGCAACAAACUAAAGGAAACAUCCAUCACGUCCGUCCCCACAUCUUUCACCGAACAAGCACAACCGCAAGACGGCGGAAACCCCAGCCGAGAUAGCAGCCGAGGCCGCAAGCGAUCGUUCGACGACGACGAGCCGGAGAAAAGCGACGACGACGGUGAAAUGGACGACGCUGGCCACAGACGGAAGAGGUCGCGUGAUUCGAGCUAUGAAGAGGCGAACGCGACUGUCUCGAAAACCGAAGAAGGACAACAACCGGCGCCGUCGAAGAAUGCGGAUGAUCUCUCGCGCAAGAUCCUGAGUCCGAAGAAGAAAAGGAGCAGGGACCAGCUGGAUAAGGAUGAGACGAAGACUGACGACGGUGCCAUGGAAUCCGAGAAGACCACUGCUGCUGCGGAGAAUGGCGCGCUGUCGGAGAAGACUUCAGCCGAAGGGGAGCCCGAGAAGAAGAGACAUCGGGACACUUCGCAGGAAAGAGAGAAGGCCCCUGCCACGAGCGCAUUCGCCAACACCUCCACCGUCUCUCCCUUUGGGUCGCUGGGUGCUUCACCAGCAAAGAAGGAGGAAGAAUCGAAGCCGGCCGCCACCACAUCCUCAUCCGCUUUUGCCUCGUCAAGCCUGGCUGCCUUCUCGGGCUCGGAGAAAUCGCCUUUUGGCUCGCUAGGAAGCUCGACCCCGUCUGUCUUCAAGUCGCCCGAAGGUACGGAAGCAGCCAAACCCGCCGCCACUGGAUUUGCCGCCGCCGCCGGUUCUUCGGGAUUCUCAGCUUUGGGGUCUGGGUUUUCGGGAUUCAGCGGAGGCUUUGGGGCAUCGCAGCCCAAAGCAGGUCUCACCAGUUUCGCUUCCCCGUCCGUCCCGAGUGUCCUCAGUAGCUCUAGCAAGGACAAGCCGUUUGGGGCUCCCGCCGACGAGGAAGAGGAGGAGGAGAAGAACAAAGAAGAGAAUGUCGAUAGUGGUCCGGGUGAAUUCGAGCAGGAUAAGACCGACGAGCGGUUUUUCGAACGGCCGAUCGAGACCGGUGAAGAAGAGGAGAAGACGUACUUCUCCUGCAAAGCGAAACUCUUCCAGUUCUCGGACAAGGAGUGGCGUGAGCGCGGAAUCGGCACCUUCAAGAUCAACGUCAAGGUCACAGAUGGAAAGGAGGACAAAGCAUCCACUCGAUUGAUCAUGCGGGCCGACGGUGUCGGGCGUGUGAUGCUGAACACUCCCAUCUUCAAAGGCAUGACGGUUGGCGACGCCUCGGGCAACGAGCCGAACUCGAAACAGAUCCACCUGGCCAGUCUCGAGAGUGGCCGAUCGGUCCCCAUCCUGCUGCGGACCGGACACGAAGACCACGCCAGGGAACUUUACCAGGUCGUUUGCGACCUCCUUAAGGAACAAUGAGCAGCGAACAUAUCAACCCUUUAUACACGUUGCAUCCAGAACCGCCAAUUAUUUGAGGUCGCCGGAGGCAGAACAUAUCAUACUAUACCUAGUAGAACAGUCCCCAGGCUCCCUUCGUUUCAUCGGUCCGGGAAAAAAUAAUAAAAGAAAAAAAAAUCUCCCUCGGAUCAGGGGAUCUUGAUUAGCAGUCCACACAACGUUCGAUACCUCGAUCCCGACCCAGAGUGAGAAGAUUUUAUCUUCGAGAAGGAGAAGCGGACAGAAAGAAAGAGGGAAGGAUAACA